UUUAUCGAUAAAAUGAUGGCUACUGUUUAAUGCUUCGUUCAAUAAUAUACAACGUACAACGUGUAUUUGCACAAGUUGUGGCCUCUCCAAUAUCUCCAUGGUGCAUCACGAGAUGAUCACCUCAGCUUGGAGAAAAUGGCACUUCCGUCUAGUAUCGGUCAAUCUGGAUGGUCAACAUUAACAUAUAUCCCCGUUGAAGUCCUGGAAUUUGUGAUAUCGUACCUACCAAACCGCGAUAUCAAAAGUCUCCGUUUGACAUGUAGGACGAUGAGCGAGAGGGCUCGUCUCCGAAUAAAAAGAGUGUUUUUAUCUCCUAAUCCGCGCAAUAUCGAAGUUCUCCGUGCGAUUGCUGGUCAUGAAAUGUACCGCCGUUAUAUCAUCGAGAUCAUCUGGGAUGACGUACAGUUAGUGGAUAAGAUUGAACCGACUCGGAACUGGUCUCAUUUGGCCCUGGGGCAUUGGUUCACAGAGAUCUGCGAGUGGAACAUCCAAGAAAGAGUCGAAAGACGAAACGAGGAACCUAAUCUGUCAAUCAAAGAAUCAUGGGAAUACUACCAGCAACUUGUGCAGCAGCAGAAAGACGUGAUAGCGUCCGGGGCGGAUAUUGAAGCAUUUAACUAUGCCUUAAAGCGUUUUCCGGCGUUGAAAAGGAUCAUUAUUACGCCCGCAGCACAUGGGAUAUUGGAUAAACCGCUAUAUGAGACACCAAUGAUCCGCGCAUUUCCACCUGGGUUUAAUUACCCAAUCCUCCAUGACGACAUACGUUGUCAGUGGUUUGAUUAUUCCAACCUCCCUAUUUGGCCACUUCCAGAUCAUACUGGGGUCCCUCCAUAUUUAUUACCGUGGGACGAGCAAGAGAGAUUAAGAUGGCGAGGGUUCUGCAUCAUUAUACGGGAACUGGCAAAAAGGAGUGACCACCGAGUUUCAGAGCUUAUAAUUGAGCCCCAUGGACUUGAAACGGGCUUAAAUUGCCGCAUAUUUGACAAACCUUGCGAAGAAUACAACAACCUCAUUACAAUAUUCCGACGGCCAGGGUUUACUCGUAUCGAUUUAUGCCUUGCUGGUUACGGGCAAUACAAUGAAGACCAAGAAUGGUCAUCUUUCCGCAGCGGCUAUCUCAAACGUGCACUUAGCCAGACAUCAUCAGAUCUAACGCAUUUUAGCCUACGGACUCAAAUCGAUUACGAUCGAAUUCAAGAACUUGAUGUACAUUGGACUAUGCAAUUUACUCGGCAUUGGAUCCCAUUACAGACAUUCCUACCUAUCGAGAAAUGGCCGAAACUACGGCAUUUUGGUCUCUCAGGAUUUCUCGUUCGAGUAGACAAUUUGCUUUCGGUGCUUAAAGCAUUACCGAAAACAUUACGAUCUGUCGAACUAAGCGCUUUGAAAUUUACUGGAGAAUGGGACAGCUGGUAUGAUCUAUUUGAAGAUAUGCGCGAAACUCUGGCCUAGCAUGAACGUCCUAUCGAUGAAAGACCACUACUCAAAGGGGAAAAUCCUUUUUCGCCUUACUUCGGUGGUGACCUAGUGGAGAUUGGAAAAGGCAUUAUUCAAGGACCAUUCCCAUUAGACGUGGAGACAGAGACGGUCGAGUGAAAUCUAGAGAUGAUGAAUUCGUCAGGAUCGGAAUUAUACUGUACAAGCAUUUGUGUUACGAUGCGGGGAUAUAUACAGGCGUCGGUUGGUCUGCAGGGUAGCAAGGAUUUCAAGUUGCAUAUUGAUUAUCAUUUUGUUUACCAGCGAGCAUUUGCAUACUGGAAUAGAAAGUUCUCGCGUAACUGCAACA